GUGGUUUUAACACUGCUGAGGCGCAGGACUUUAAAUCUGACGAGAUUAAAUCACGGCCAGAUCUGGAGUUUUACGAUUAAUAACGACGUGUGGUGUAAAUUAACCCACAUUUGGGCCGUUUUAUUCUGGAUCGGGGCACAAUCAACGAUGUCUACCAUCCUGCUCUCCACCAUCGCCGGGGAAAGACUGGCCGCUUCGAGGCAAACCGCCCCUCAGAGGAACACAGAGACUCUCUCUCAACUGAAGCACACGGGAACAUGCCGAAAUCUGUUCGGACCCGUGGAUCACGACGAGCUGAAGCGAGAGCUGACAUCCAAACUUCGUGAAAUAUCUCGACGAGAUCAGCUGAGAUGGAACUUCAAUUUCAGUGAAGGACAUCCGCUGAACGGGGGCUUGAAGUGGGAGGAAAGUCCAGCUGAGGACUGUCCGGAAUUUUACAGAGAAAAGACUGUCCUGCCAAAGAGACCAGUGGACUUCCCCACGACAGAGAGAAUCGCAAAUGCCUCAAAAUUUGAGAGUCGUUCAAUGAAAGUUUUGAAAAAGACAGUAAUGAGUAACCGAAGAAAAUUAUCUCGCAAAACGGUCGCUCGCGUCCAGACGAAGAGACUCACAAACCUGCGCAUUACAGAUUUUUAUGGAAAGCGAAAGAAAACGGACAGCGUCCACAAGGAAAGCAGAGAUGUGGAGUGAAACCGCAU